CUUCGCUCCUCCCUCCUCGCCCUCCCAUUGGCUCCCCCUCCUCCCGCCCCGCCUCUCUCUCCCUCCCAUUGGCUCCACCCCUGAGGGGAAGCCGUGAGGGCGGCCAAGAUGGCGGCGGGGUGAGGCGGCGAUGGCGGCGAUGUCCGGGCCGGAGGAGCGCGAUGCCGGCGGCGGCCCCGCCGCUCCCUCCGCUCCUUCCGCGGCCGCUCCCGGUCCCGCGGCCGCGGCCGCGCUGGGCGGCGAAAGCGGCGGCGCCGAAGAAGCGGCGGCGCUGCUGUUGGAGGCGGGCGCCGAUCCCGACGCGCCGCCCAAGAAGCGGCUGAGGGCGGCCGGGAGCGGCGGCGGCGGCGCGGAGGGGGCGGCGGGCAGCGUGAAGCUGGAGGAGCGCCUCUACUCCGUGCUCUGCUGCACCGUGUGCCUCGAUCUGCCCAAGGCUUCCGUCUACCAGUGCACCAACGGACACCUGAUGUGCGCGGGCUGUUUCAUCCACCUGCUGGCCGACUCCCGGCUCAAGGAGGAGCAGGCCACGUGCCCCAACUGCCGCUGCGAGAUCUCCAAGAGCCUCUGCUGCCGCAACCUGGCCGUGGAGAAGGCGGUCAGCGAGCUGCCGGCCGAGUGCGGCUUCUGCGCCCGCCAGUUCCCCCGCUCCCUGCUCGAGCGCCACCAGAAGGAGGAGUGCCAGGACAGGGUGACGCAGUGCAAGUACAAGCGCAUCGGCUGCCCCUGGCAGGGCCCCUUCCACGAGCUCUCGGUGCACGAGGCCGAGUGCUCGCACCCCACCAAGACGGGCAACGAGCUGAUGGAGAUCCUGGACGAGAUGGACCAAACGCGCAAGAAGGAGAUGCAGCUCUACAACAGCAUCUUCAGCCUGCUCAGCUUCGAGAAGAUCGGCUACACCGAGGUGCAGUUCCGCCCGUACCGCACCGACGACUUCAUCACGCGCCUGUACUACGAGACGCCGCGCCUCACCGUGCUCAACCAGACCUGGGUGCUGAAGGCGCGCGUCAACGACUCCGAGCGCAACCCCAACCUGUCGUGCAAGCGCACGCUGAGCUUCCAGCUGAUCCUCAAGAGCAAGGUCAACUCCCCCAUGGAAUGCUCCUUCCUGCUCCUGGAGGGGCCCUACGACGACGUCAAGAUCAACCCCGUCAUCUACCACUUCGUCUUCAGCAACGAGAGCAACGAGACCGACUACAUGGCGCUGCCCAUCGUCGACUCGGUGGAGUGCAACAAACUGCUGGCGGCCAAGAACAUCAACCUGCGGCUUUUUAUAUUCCAGAUCCAAAAAUAAAACAUGACUUUUG